AUGGCAGAUGGCGGUGUCUCGAAAUGCGGUCGUAAGGCGGCAUUAUCAACGUUCUUCACCGUCACUUUCAUCGCGUUCACUCUGUCGGUGAUCUCGUUGAUCAGUCCUGCAUGGCAGUACGUUUACCUAGAAAACGGACGUACCGAACAUCAGCAUGGACUGUGGUUAGACUGCAAGAGAGACUUCUCGUUUGAUUAUGGACGGACGAGGGAGUACUAUGAAACUCUGUAUAGACGGGACCUCCAAGGAUCUCCUUUCGACAUCUUCUUUCUUCCGCCUUUACAAUGUGUGUACAAAUUCGAUUACUACAUUGACCCCGAAGAUCUCUAUGACCACAAUCACGACGAGAAUCGCAUUCAAAACGACGCUUACCAGCAUUUAUUUCUAGGGUGGAAAAUCGCAGCUUUGGCAGGAUGUGGAUCUGCGGUUGUGUUCUCCGCAUCGGCCUUGCUGUUCGCUGUGCUUGCCUUUUGUCAUCGAACUUUUAUUUGUGCCUCUACAGUAGUCGUCACAAUUGCUGCCAUAUUGUCUAGUAUUGGAGUGACUGUUUUUUAUGCAUGGGCAAACUAUCAGGACAACAAAGUUAUCAAAGAAGACGGGGACACCACCUAUGAGCAAAUUCUUGGGUGGGCUUUUUACUGCCAAAUUUUCACCACCGUCAUUCACUGGCUUGCAUCAAUGUUAGGCUGUUGCGUCACCUCUGUCUCCUUCAGUAAAUCCAGAGCGAAAUUGGUUAAAAUUGAGGUCGUUGAAGGUGGUGACGAGAGGCAGUUACUAUCGGGACCUUCCUCAUCACAGCCUUUCAAAAGAUCAUUCUCUGCAAUAUACCGCGUCGAUUCUCAAUCUCUACGUCAGUGGGAACGUGAUUACAUGAGAAACGCCAGAGAACGGCAACAGCAAAGCGAAGGAGUGAGUUACUCUCAAAAGAACUUCUUGGGUUUACGCGAUCAUUCUGAUGCAUUCGCAGAGUUCGUUCAAACGCACGGCGUCUAUGCCGAACUUCUCGAAAAAGCAGCGCAAAGCCGCUCAAAGAAAGUUGGCAGACAGGUCCAGCGCGAGUUGUUCUCCUCAGCAAGCAACAUUACCGACACCACACAAACAGGCAAGUUUUGCAAUUUGUGGUUCGCUCGAUCGGUGAACACUUUGGAGUGGAAUCAAGCGCGAAGACCCACUCCAGGCGUCAUGCCUCCUACGCGGACCACCCAGCCAUCGGCGCUUCCUGCCCUUCCAAAACUGAAGUCUGCGUUGAAGACACCACAGCAGUCCAGGAAGAGUGUGAACAUUGAUGACAGCGAUGUGACCUACGAGUGCCUGCCUUGCGAUGCUUCAGCAGGCGUGUCAAGCCUGUUUGGUGGCAGGCCUUCAUCCUCUCUCCGAGGCCAUCAGUAUGAUCCAGUUUAUGAACAAAUCGGCCAAGAAAACUACCUGGAGCCGAACAGCGUUCGAAUGCGAUCCAACCAGGCUCUGAACAUUGAUCAAGACAAAAAA